AACGUACCACAUAAAUAAGUGUUUUUGAGGAUCAACGCUGAAAUGAGGGAAGGGUUUGAGCGCUCGUGACGACAGCGGGUGUGCGUUAUAAGCACAACGCCAGCGUGUGUAACUUGAACUCAUCAACUUUUGAUUCAGAAAGUCCCUUUCACUCUCCGUUUGGAGUUCUCCGUGAAUAUGGCGAAUGUUUGGAGAAUUACACCCAUACUUGUGUUAGCACACUUUGUAGUGUCUCAAACACAUAAUCAGUGUGGUGAACCAACAAAAUAUGAGGGCAAGCAGCUGGACAAAAUAUAUGUUAACAGAUCGGAGUUCAGCAACAACGAAAAGGUGGCGUAUAUCUGCAAUCCAGGUUAUACACAGAGUGAAGGUAGCCGAAUUACCUUUUGUAAGGACGGACACUGGAAACCCUUGACCAUGACAUGUAAAAAGAAAACGUGCAGCCCGCUGCCUGACAUAAAGAAUGGACGAUACCUCCAAGAAGGAAAUUCAUUCCUUGAUAAAGCCACUGCUGUGUGUAAUGCAGGAUAUGUUUUGAGAGGAGAUCAAGUCCGUGUGUGUGAGGACAAAGGCUGGACUGGGAUGAGCCCGACCUGUGAGGAGCAAAACUUAAAACUUUGGAAAUGUCCAAGACCUAAAUUAGGAGACAAAGGCAUUGUGAAAGAUCAGAAGUCUGAGUAUGUGACAGGAGAAUCCUUAUCCAUAAAAUGCAAUGAAGGAUUCAAUGGAUCGGGAGAUUUCACAUGUGUUAAGAACAAGAAAUGGAUCCCACGUGAGCCAAAGUGUCAUGUGGUGAAGUGUCCAGCGAUAAACAUCCUUGAUGGCAAGGUCACCACAAGAAAGGUUGUUUUCGGAACAGUUGUUCAGAUCACCUGCUCUCCUAAAUUUAAGCUGAAUGGAGCACAACACCUCCGUUGUGCAGCAAACGGCUCCUGGACACCAGCUGUUCCCAAGUGUGAGCCAGUGUCAAUGGUCACCUGUUCAGCACCUGCUGUGGCAAACGGAGAUAUACAUGAUGGAUACAGGGCAUCGUACAUGCCUAAAGACACAGUGACCAUCACCUGUAAGGAGGGCUUUGAUCUGAUUGGCUCAAAAGAUGUCAUAUGUGGGCCAGAUGGCCAAUGGCAGGCAUUGCCUGAGUGUCGCUUGAAGGAGAUUUUAGAUACCAGUAAAUGUGGCCCACCCCAGUCUACUGACCUGGCCCACCCCAGAGAAGAGUAUUACGGAAAAGAGUUCAAAUCUGGUGAUCGAGUUCGUUACAAAUGCACUGUUGGAUACCGUUGGUCAGCAGGGGUAUCCAGUAUAUACUGUAAAGAUGGCCAAUGGACUGAACUUCAGAUGCAAUGUGAACUGAAAAAAUGCGGUUCUGCUGGAGAGAUUUCCUAUGGCCGCUUUGAAUACACCGGCGUGUCAUUCGGAGAUUCGGCUAAAGCUGUCUGUCAAGAUGGGUAUGGGCUGAUUGGUCCAGCAGUGAGGCACUGCUUGGAUGGAGGCUGGAACGGAAGGAUCCCUGUGUGUGAACCUGUUCACUGCCCUCCGCCCCCAGUGGUUAAAAAUGCAGACAUGUUUGACCCCACAGAUGACUACGUUCCCUUUGGUUAUGCACUGUCCUAUCGCUGCCGUACUGGCAAUCUGAUUGGUGAAAGAGAACUACACUGCACCCAGAAUGGUACCUGGAGCGCCCCUCCUCCUGAAUGUAAAGAUGUCAUCUGCCCUGUCCCAAAAGUUCCAAAUGGAUCCAGAAUGAUGGGCUUUAGGUCCGUCUAUAGAUUAGGGUACACCGUCAUGUUUACCUGCAGUCCCGGUUAUAAGCUUAAAGGAGAAAAUUACGUCACCUGUGGACAAGAUGGAGAGUGGACACCAAAACUCCCGCAGUGUGUGUGAACAUUGGCUGACCUCAUUUUAACGUCUUGGGGUGCAAGUGCCCCGCCAACAAGUAGUGACAUCAUGCAAACUCUGGGGUGUCCAGUACAGAAGUUUGCACAUUGAGCGAUGGUACACAUAUGGCUUUCUCUGGCUCCAUAAGAAUCAUAAUGAAGCACUUUCCUAAUUACUGCAUUUCUUUAUUAUAUAAGCAGAAUAAUUAUUUACUAUGACUUUUCAUUUUCACCAAAUAUUUAGUAAAUAUUUAAAUGACCAAAAUCGAAUGAAGCUUUCUGGAAUAUUAUAAAAAAUGUUUUACAACUGAUGCCAAAUUUUACAUUUAUGUAUUCUACUAAUGGUAUAAGCUACAGCUGAUGUAAUAAUUUUUCCAUUUGUUUUACUUCCUUGUUGACACUCUUUAUUCAGCAUAAAUGAGAACUUAUAAAUCUCAAUAUAAUAAAAGAAAGUAAAGAAUAACACCAAAACUUUUGGUUAUUUAUAACACAAAAUUGAGGCACACAAAGCAAUGUUUAAUAUAUGACGGUGUAAUUUAUGUUGCGGAACAAAAUGUCCAUGUAAUGUUGACCACAGACAUUAUUUUACUUAUAAAUACAAAACUGCUAUUAUAAAAAGAAAUAGGAAAAUCCAGAAGAAUGGCUCGACUCGAAAAUGCUAAUUUGUUGGUUUUUGGACUUCAACCCAAACAGCUCUUUUUCCAUUGAUAAUUGAUGGUUAGUUCUUCUAUGGAUCCUUUCCACACUUCUGUGUUGUGAAGUGGAAGUCGUCAAAGUUGGGUGAACUAUUGCGGCGAUUGGGAAGAACUGUAGUAACCAGUGCCACUAUUUACAGUGUUCCUAUUUGCACAAAAGGCCUGGAUUUGUGUUUCCAUGAAUAUCCAAAAGAUGCCGAGCUAUGUACGAGCUUGUGGAUUCAGGGAAUUAAACGUGAAGAGGAUAACUUUGUUAUUAAUCGAGGAAGCAGUUUCGUUUGUGGACAGCAUUAUCAAGAUGAGGACUUACAGCAGUCGUGCACAGGUGGAACUGUGAAACGUUUUGAGAUCUGAGCUGUACCUCAUGGUUUCACUGAUAACACAUCACAACCGACACAAGAGUGUGUGUUUGACAGGGUUAGAAGUGAGAUGGAGCGGGACAUGGGUCUCUCCAUUCCUUAACAUCUUGCGUCGCCCACCAUCAGGUAUUAGUUUCACCUGUGCCCUCUUUUUUGUCAUUUAUGGUGACUGAUUGGUAGAUCGUUACUUUAAUUGCUGAUUGAAUGCACAACCUCUCAAUAAUCUAUUUGUAUUGACCUACCUUCGUAUUUGUGCAUAUAGCCCUCGAAAAACAACUUUGGAUUUAACUGUUGCUGGCCGAUGUGGUCAAUGUCUCCAAACAUAAUUGCAGGCAAAACUUUUAAGUAUCUACACGCUCCACUCACUUAUACAGAAUCAUGUUCAGCAAACAAAACAAGGGAAAAUAUUUGGCAGCUUCAUUGACAUUGAAAGGCCUUCGAUUCUGUUUGGCAUAACAAACUCUUCCUUAAACUCAUCCAGAGUGGUAUAAGAGGAAAGACAUGAUAUCAUAAAAGACCUGUACAAAG